CCCAGUUGGGCGAGGGCCUUGUCGUUCGGCGCCUUGGCGUGGUUGAGCCUGGGGCAGGCGCUCGUCUCCAGCGACUUGGCGCAGGCUGACCGCUCAACGCAGACGUCAUCGAGGCGUGCUGCGCCCGGAGCCGGCUGGUGGCGGCGCACGGUGGACCAGGAUCGCAAGAUCCUGCUGUUAUUGCGGGCAGCAACGUUGGCGGGCACAGCGUACAUCGCGCUGGUUCCGACGGGCCCGCAGUGCCAAACGUGUCUGGUGGGGCUCGGAUACUUAUGUUGCCUUGGGUUCUUGGUGUACUGCAGCGGCCACAGGGACGCGGUCGCCGACGGCUGGGACGUCCUCCUGGGCGAGCCUCUCCCGUGGGGCGUGUUGUGGAGAUUCGCCAGCACGGCCUCCGUUGCCCACCUCGGCUGGCGCACGCUCGCUCUAGGA